AUGGCUACCACAUGCCAGAAAAUCAAGAAAAUCACUCAAGGCAGACGGAAGAUUGAAAUAAAGCAACUCGAAAAUAAAAGCACCAAGCACGUCACAUUCUCCAAGCGGCGGGCAGGCCUCUUCAAGAAGGCGAGCGAGCUGUGCGUGUUGUGCGGCGUCGAUAUAGCCAUCAUAGCUUACUCUCCUGGAGAAAAGGCCUACUCCUUCGGCCACCCCAACGUCGACACGGUCCUCAACUCUUAUCUCACUGGAAACGCUCUCCCUGCAUACUCAGCCGUGAAUCCUUGGCCGGUGGAAGAGUUUAAUAAAGAGUACGCGGAGUCGCUCAAGGAGUUGGAUGACGAGAAGAAACUGUUGGCAGAUAUUGAUCAGGAUCUGACGUCGAAGAAGAAGAUGGGGAACAAUAAUAUUGGGUUCUUGUGGGACGAGCCGAUCGACGAGAUGGGGAUAGAGGAGCUGGAGCAGUACUUGGCAGCCAUGAAAGAGAUGAGGGCAAAGGCAACAGAUCAGUAUUUGAGGAUGCGAAACUCAAUAAACAGAUUGCAGACAUCAGAUUAUAAGUAUAAUGGGGGACUGGGUUAUUAUAAUGAUCAGGGGUUAGGGGAUUAUAAUCGUCAUGAGUAUGGUAAUAAUUGUCUGAGUGGAAUUAGCGGUACUGGAGAAGAUGUUGGAAGUACUAGUAGCGGUGGUUUUGGGUUAGGGAUUAAUAAUUAUCAGUUUGGUAAUCCAAGUAGUGGGGGUCAAAUUGGUGGUGAUUUUGGAGCAAGUAGUUGUACUGGUUUUGGGUUAGGGAAUUAUCAGUUUUGUAGUAAUCUGCAGAUCAGUACUACUGCGCCUGGGAGUAGUACUGGUGGCUAUGGUGUUGGUGAUUAUGAGCAUCAUGCAUGUCGGAAGUAG